AUGGCAAAUUCAUUCCUCGUCUCCAUCAUAGCCUUUAAUGAUCGCUCUAAAACCUUUCUCCUUUGGAAUACUUUUUCCACAUUCCAUCAGGUCGUAAUAGCAUCAUUCGUGGGAUUGAUCCUUGUAAUCAUUGUGCACUACCGAUACCAAAAGCUACGAGAUAGAAGGAUCAUACCGCGGUUGAGGCCUUCGCAAUCCGGUCGCCGUACCGAGAAGCUCGAAAGGUUUUCUCAUUAUGUAGCAAGGCAAAUGGGAUUUGCGGACAGGAGACAGUGUCCACAUUUGUGUAAGUUAGCAUCGGAGUAUAUAAGGAAGACAGAGACAUGUGAAGAAGACGUUUUUGCUUUCUUCGCUGAGGAGUGGGAUGCAGAUUCCUUAUUUGUGAAGCUGGUAGAGGAGUUGGAGCGAUGCAUUCUUAGUUACUUUGCCUUUCAUUGGAGUCAUGCUGAUCUCAUCAUUAGUCAGGUGUUGAGUGCUGAUGCAGAGCCUAAGAAGAAAUUCAGGCAUAUUGUAAUGGCUGCCACUAGAGAACAAAGGUUUGAGAGAGUGACAAAAGAUCUCAAGGUGGCUAGGGUGUUCAAUACCCUAGUAGAGGAAAUGAAAGCGAUGGGUUUAGCAUCGAAUGAUGAUUCAUGUACCGAGGUUAUGGCACCAGUGGACCAUUCCAACAGGAGCCCAGUCCUCUUGCUCAUGGGUGGAGGCAUGGGAGCGGGGAAGAGCACUGUCCUCAAAGAUAUUCUUAAAGAACCAUUCUGGGCUGGAGCAUCAGCGAAUGCGGUAGUUAUCGAGGCAGAUGCUUUCAAAGAAUCAGAUGUCAUCUUUAAAGCCUUAAGCUCCAGGGGACAUGUCGACAUGAUCCAAACAGCUGAGCUUGUGCACCAAUCAUCCACAGAUGCAGCAUCUUCACUACUGGUGACAGCACUUAACGACGGGCGAGAUGUUAUCAUGGAUGGUACACUCUCUUGGUUGCCCUUUGUGGUGCAGACAAUAACAAUGGCGAGAAAUGUCCAUCGGAGGCGCUACCGGAUGGGAGCAGGUUACAGAGUAGCAGAGAACGGAGCUGUGACUGAGAACUACUGGGAGCAAAUUGAAGAAGAACAACCACUUGAAGAAGGAAACAAGAAGAGAAAGCCAUACAGAAUAGAACUGGUUGGGGUUGUUUGUGAUGCUUACCUUGCUGUUGUUAGAGGCAUAAGGAGAGCCAUAAUGUGUAGAAGAGCUGUUAGGGUCAGGUCACAACUCAGAUCACACAAAAGAUUUGCUAAUGCAUUUUUAACAUAUUGCCAAUUGGUUGACAAUGCCAGGCUAUAUUGCACCAAUGCUUUAGAAGGACCACCAAAGUUGAUAGGAUGGAAAGAGAGAGACAAGACUUUGUUGGUUGAUCCGGAUGAAAUCGAUUGCUUAAAACGGGUGGGCAAAUUGAAUGAGGAUUCAGACUCAAUAUAUGAACUUUACCCAGUUCCAAAUCCGGCUUGUGCUACUGGUUCAAUUUGGAAAGACAUUGUAUUAUCACCUUCAAGGAUAAACAUUCAAAAAGAGUUGAAGUAUUCCAUUCAGAAAGUUGAAAGAGCAAAAAAGAUGAAUCAAAACUUUGUGAGAUGA